GUCGAGAAUCCAGAUCUCCUCUGCGCUAGAACUUCUAGAGAGGACGGUCAGAAACCCAGCUCUGAGCUGGCAGAUGGCUCCUAAUACUUAGAUGGCAGCCUGGCCUGGCUGCCAUAUGCAUCAAUCACAAGCUAGGCCUGCUCUCCAUGAUGACCCUCUUCAAAUUGAGCUCUUAGAAGCGCUUUUCCUGGAUGCGCUUGCAGGCAUAAGAACAUCAACCCAGCUCGGAGUAUAAACACAAGGCAAACGCCAUACUCUCAUUAGGCCUGUCAGCAACAUUGUGUGGCGUUCGAUGGGUCACAUGGGGGCUUUGAGGAGGGGGCGCGUGCGCGCAAAUGCAAGGCCAAAGACGGGCGGCUGUGAUGGCAAGCUUGCGAGUGUCUCUCCAGGCAUUCCAACAGCGCAGCAGCUGGGCAGCUUGUCAAGAAAACUACCGGUAAAAAGGGGUGUUCAAAACUGCCUGGGCCCCCAUAUUGACGGGCUGAGACGGAGUCCCCAGCUGAUUCACAAUGCUGGGCAGACUUUCUUUUCUGAGCAUGAGUGGCGGGUUGGUACUAUUAGAAAAGGGAAAGGGCGCUUCCAAUGCCGUUCCGGAACCGCACUUGAUUUGUCCUACAGCCCAGCUACCAGAAUAGGGUCAGAAGGCUUCCUUCAGAAGCUUCCAAAACGCCUGGACCGCUUUGCAGAGUCUCCGAGCCUCGCUUUCGACAUGGGCGCAGGUCCACAUUCUACAGCUGAUUGGGAGCAUGCCUCAUUCGACAGCUGGCAAGAGUUUUUCGACCAGACACGUGGCAGCCUUUUCGAGAGCCCACGUCACCUUGAGGAGCUGCCACUGCCGGAAGAGACCAAGCGCUUUGUUCGGGUCCUCAAGAGUCCUCACAAAGGAAGUUUGGUGUACUUGAUUGGCACAGCCCACGUGUCCAAAGCUAGCAUGGAGGACGUCCGGCUGCUUAUUGAAGCGGUCAAGCCGGACGUUGUAGCUGUGGAGCUGGACCCGGAGGGACUCAAGCUCAUGGAGUGCGAUCUGAUGGCAGCAGCAGGGGAAGUUUCAUUACACACAACCUGGGAGGCGUUGAGCGUUGUACAGAGGUCGUACGCGGGGCACUUUGAGAAGCUCUGGUCUGCAUAUCAACCCCACAUUGAGUCUCAGGCGUUGGGGAUUCCAUACGGCUGCGAUGCCCGUUCUGCCAUUGAAGCAGCCAGGCAAAUUGGCGCCCGCAUUGAGCCUAUCGACCAGAGCAUCGCUACAAUUACUUCCCUUUUGGAAGAACUCGAUCAUGCCCGAAUCCACGAACGAGCAAAAACCACGCUCAGUGGUAUCGUAAGAAUCCCGCAAUCGACGGCCCUCAUGCUACAACUACUGAUCAAGAACCCGUUUGAAAAGUCCGAUGGGGACGCGCAAAGGGAGGCGGCAGCAUUCGGACGGAUCGUAGCGGCAUUCCUGAGCGGCAAGCCGGCCCCUUUGGACGAUGUCGCGGUCUUCCAAUCCCUGAAGAACAAGGCCUUGGAAGCGACCCGGCUUGAAUGUGUCAAAGGCGAGCUAUGCCCGGCGUUUGACGAGACGGAAGGCCCGAAUGUCUACUCUGCUCUCCUCCACGAGCGGGACCGCCUCAUGGGGCUCAAGCUUGCGGCUCUGGCGAAACGCCGGCGCAAGAAGGUCGUCGCAGUGGUGGGGGCGGCGCACGUGCCGGGCAUUACUACCCGGUUCGUGCAAUACACCGCGGGUCACUGUAACCCUUUCGAUGGGGUUUGGGAAAACCUUGAUAUUGAGAACGAGACGCGGCUGGACAAGGAGCGGAAAGAACGGGAACUGAUCGUACACGAAGUCGACCGGCAGAUUGCGUGGGAAGAUUCAGAAGUUCCGGGUCUAUUUGACCCGGAUAUGCUUCGCGGGUUCCUAUUCGCCGCGGCGGCUGGAGCCGGUGCCUUUGCCUGGUUCAACUGGCCGGUCACCACUGCAGAGCUGAUAACCGGCGGGUUUACAGCGCACGGACUGCUAACCUUGGGUCUGGCAGCUUUUACCGCCAAGUGGGCGCAGUUCGGGGAGUACUUGGAGGCCGCUUCGAUGGAGCUCCGUAGGAAACCGUCUCUAGAUUAUCUUUGACUUACACAGCGCCCGAACUAGUGAUACUGGGCCUAACGGUCUUUACGUCAGUGUAGUGGGCGCAGUUUGGAGAGUUCUUGGAGGCCGCUUCGUUGGAGCUUCGUUGGAAACAGCAGCUAGAGUAUCUGUGACGUCCCAUCAAGUAAAGUGUUGGAGCUUGGCAGGGGAACGUACCGAGAGUGAUCAUGACUUCCAUUGUGGAUUCAGAAGAAGGGUUAGGAAAGGAGGGAGGACAAUAAUGAGGAGAUCAAACUUAGAGCCCACAUAGGAGUCAAUGUCGGAUGUUGUCACUGAGUGUGAAACAGGCGCAAUGAUUAUAAGUGCCCCUAUCUCGUUCGUCUCUCAGAAUAGCACCAGGUCUCCGUGAGGAUAUUCAAGCUGAGCCCUCGAUCUGACAACCAGGCUUCAGUUGGUCAGUCAAGAUCAGCCCUGAUUAAGGUCACUUACCUUGCUAAGGUUUGGGGUUCCACGCGAAUAAGGCGUACGUGGCACUUAAAGCGGUUUGGUCCGGACGAUCGGUGUGGCGUUUCAAAAAGGAACCUCAGGGAGAAGCAUCAUG